AACACUACAACUAGAUUCUUCAAAAGCUUAAACGUGAACAAAGUUCCUAAAUUCAAACGCAUUUCUCUGCAAACAAGCAAAGUAUCAUCACUCCUUGAAUUUCUUCUUCUCCCCACAUUACUUUCAGUCUUUCAUUCAUCCCCAUGGCUUCACUCUUCUCCUUCUCCUUCAGCCUCUGUUUCACAUUUUUGGUUUUGUCCACACCAAGCUCAGCCAAUGGCAACCGAGGUGUCAAAAACUGUCGAUCUUAUUGCGGAAACAUAACCAUUGACUACCCAUUUGCGCUUCAAUCCGGUUGCGGCCACCCUGGAUUCCGAGACCUCCUGUUCUGUAUGAACGACGUUCUGAUGUUCCACAUCAGCUCUGGUUCAUACAGGGUCCUGGAAAUCGACUACGCUUAUGAAUCCCUUACUCUCCACGACCCUCAUUUGUCCAACUGCGAUGCCAUCUUUCUUGGCGGUCGGGGCAACGGAUUUACCGUCGAAGAGUGGCGGGCGCCGUAUUUCAGCCCAAUUCAGGACAAUGUCUUCAUGUUGAUAGGUUGCUCUCCUCGAUCGCCACUGUUCCAGGGGUUCCCAGGAAAGCAUAUGCCGUGCCGUAAUGUUUCCGGAAUGGGUUGUGAGGAAUACUAUCGGUGUCCUGCCUGGAGUUCACUUGGACAAGGGGUUGGUCUGGGUUGGGGUCCGGUUUACGGGUCGGGUCCACCGGAGUGCUGUGCGGUGGCGUUUGAGGAAAUAAGGGCGAUAAAUCUGAGUAAAUUGGAGUGUGAAGCGUACAGCAGCGCAUACAGUCUGGCGCCGCUCAGGCAAGAGGGGCCGAGCGAGUGGGAUUAUGGGAUUCGGGUAAAGUAUUCGGUUCAGGGAAACGAUGAAUACUGCCAGGCGUGUGAGGCUACCGGCGGCGAGUGCGGGUACGGCGAUGAUGUCCGGCAGGUCUGUAUGUGCGGCGGUUUCAAUUCCACCACCAAUUGUGAUUCAGUUCCUUCAUUAGCAACUAGAAGAGCAAAUUCGCUUGGGAAUGUAAUGGCAGGCUUUGUAAUGUUUUUUUCAGUAUGGAAGAUGACUAGUGGAUGGCGAUGAGCAGAGAUCUUAGCAAUCUGAAAUUUCGAGUUUUGAAUUUGGUUUUGUCAUAAUAGUUGGUAAAUCCAUAUAGGUUAUACAAAAUGUUGAAGGGCUUAAUUCUUUUGGUUUUCUCCCCCUUUUAAUUUGAUGCUAAAGAGAAGACCAAAAUUAUUGAGACAGGUUUAUCUUACAGUUUUGAUUAUA